AGUUGUUUGACCAUGUCGUUGCACGAAGUGAUCAGCAACCAGCCUGUGGUGAUUGACCAGGGCUCGGGCAUGAUCAAGGCGGGCUUUGCAGGCGAUCUGGAGCCAAAGCACAUCGCACCGACGUGCGUUGGUCGGCCAAAGCACCGCCGCGUCAUGACGGACGCCGUGGAAGGAGCAUACUUUAUGGGUGGCAGGAUUGCGCAGCACCGGGGUCUGCUGCGCCUGUCGCACCCGAUCGAGCACGGCGUUGUCACCAACUGGGAGGACGCCGAGCGUUUGUGGCAGCACACCUACUCCAAGGAGGGUCUUGGCGUUGCGCCCGAGGAGCAUCCCGUGCUGCUGACAGAGCAGCCGCUCAACUCGACCCGCAACCGCGAGAAGGCUGCGUCGGUCUUCUUUGAGAACUUUAACGUUCCCGCGCUGUACUUUGCGCUGCCCGCUGUGCUCUCACUCUAUGCGUCAGGCCGCACCACGGGUGUCGUUCUGGACUCUGGCGACGGUGUCACAACUGCAGUGCCCGUGUACGAGGGCUUUGCGAUGCCCCUGUCUAUCAACCGCAUGGAUUUGGCCGGACGAGACGUUACCCGCCAGCUGCGUAUGCUCCUUCGCAAGGAGGGCUACGAUCUUCACACCAGUGCCGAGUUUGAUAUUGCGCGCACCAUCAAGGAGCGUGUGUGCUACUUUGAGCUCGAUCCCUCACGCGCAGGCGUUGAAUCCAGCUCGGAGCCGAGCACGUACACGUUGCCUGACGAGUCGAUCAUUGAGGUUGGUCAAGCGCGUCACCGAGCAGCUGAGAUUCUUUUCAAUCCCCAGCUGGCUGAUAAGGAGUACAUGGGCGUGCACGAGAUGGUGUACGACUCUGUUUUCAAGUGCGACAUUGACAUGCGCGUCACAUUGCUAUCCAACAUUGUGCUUUCUGGCGGCAGCACUUUGAUGCGAGGAUUCGGAAACCGUCUUGUGAAUGAGCUUCAUCGCGUUGUAAACAAUCCGGGCCGAUCAUCAUCAACGCAACAGACCGCCCAACGAAGCAACAUUCGAACAAUCCGCGUUUCGGCACCACGAGAGCGAUUGUACUCUGCCUGGAUUGGCGGCUCCAUCCUCGCGUCGCUCGAUGCAUUCAAGACAAUGUGGGUGUCCAAGCAAGAGUACGACGAUGUUGGCCCAAAUGUGUUGCACCGCAAGACUUUUUAAAAACAGCAGCAGUGUGCACUUUUGAAUGUGUGUGUGUUUUCUUGUUGUCAUGUUUGUUGGAUGCUUGUGACUAUUUUGUUUUGUGCAAAUAUUUUGUUUUGUGCAAAUACUGUGAAAGUGUGUCUUCGAGUGCGUCGCAA